UCAGAGAAACAAUGUCUAUGUUGUCAGAGGAGCUGCAUGAGCAUGAGUUAGAUCCUCUUCGUCAGAAAGCUGCAUCUCUCCUAAUCUCUUGUUUGGGGGAGUUAUUUGGGACUUGGUUGUUAACACUUAUCAUUUGCUCUGUGGUUGCUGCAGCUAUUAUUACAGAAGCUCAGGUAGGCUUAUGGCAGGUUGCAUUACCAUCUGGCUUUGGUGUGUCUAUAUCAAUAUUCAUAUCAGCUCAUUUCUCAGAUGCUCAUCUUAACCCAGCUGUAUCCAUUGCCUUUGCUGUUGUGCGAUUUCGCCAGUUUCAUUGGUUACGUUUAGGUCCUUACAUCCUCUCACAAUUCCUUGGUUCCCUCAUUGCUGGUCUAACUGUAAUCAUAUUCUAUCAUGGAGCAAUACAGUCAUUUGAAGCAGCUCAUAACAUCACACGAGGAGAGCCUGGGAGUCAGCUAUCAGGAAUGGUUUUUGGAGAGUACUUUCCUAACCCGGCCCUCUACAAUCACAACGAGUUCUCUAGCGUGACGUCAGUUUUUGAGGCCUUCCUGGUUGAAGCCUGGGGCACAUUUAUACUUGUCUUUGUUAUUUUCAGUCUCACUCAUCCAAGCAAUAGUACCAUAUCUAGCACUAAAGUAGUAGUACCAAUUGCUAUUGGUAUAACUGUUGCAGUGAUCAUCAGUAUCUAUGGGCCAUUGACUCAAGCAGGUCUCAAUCCUGCUAGGGACUUUGGGCCACGAGUGAUUGCAGCUCUGGCAGGAUGGGGCACCAUAGCCAUACCUGGCCCUAGGUAUGGUUUCUGGUUAUACAUUGUAGGACCGAUUAUCGGAGGAGUAUUAGGAGGAGGAGCAAGUGAUUUGACCCUUUACUGUUUUAGAAGAUUCAAGAAGUAGAGUCUUAAAACAUGCAACGCUAAAUAAUAAUCAUUUUUUAUUAUGCUGGUUUGUUCUUUUAAUAAUUUUGUCAUAAAAU